AUGGUCUACACAGAAGAAAAACCUGAAGCGUUCCAAUGGCGUGAAUAUUGGGAGUUUGCAAGUAAAAAAGAUCAAGCAGUUCGCUGGAAAUCACGCAAACAAAAUCAUGGUCUUUUUCUAGAUGAUGAUCAAGAGUUUUUUUUGGAUGAUUCGGUUGCGUUUGAUGAAAAUGAUGAUGGCAAUCCCUAUAUGUUUCAAGAUAAGAAUAUAGCUGCGCUAUUCACAUCAUAUCGUUUAAAUGCACAGAAAAUGGCACGGGAAUCGGUUUAUCUAUCGAGACAGAUUACCAUGAAAUAUUCUGAUAACUUCUCGGAUCUGCAGAUUGAACAAUUUUCCAGUGAUACUCUAGUAGAUUUUCAUAAACAUAUGCGCAAUACAUAUAUAAUUAAAAACAAAAUCACACAAAGCGUAAAGGCGAUAUUUCGAGAAUGCAUUGAGAUUGCACUUGAUGAAGAUUUCGGGCCGAAAGAAGCAGAAAAAACUUUAGAACGAUCAUUCACAAAGUCUUUUGAUGAUCCUAUUGACCAGAAAAAGUUCGAAAGGAUGCGAACGAAAAAUAUUUCUAUUAAGCUACUGAAAGACCUUCUUAGUGAGGGCACUCUGACUAUCAACAUUAUUAGUCUGCCAAACACUGCCAGUAUGAGCGCAAAAGUCCGUAAAUUUGCCAAUUUAGAUUCUUCACGAGCAAAGCAACCAGACAUGAUCGGCAAUGUUGUAAACAACAACAAAUCUAAAUACGAAAUGAUGUUUGGAGAGAUUAUAGGAGAAGGGAAAAACAAUAGCAUAAAGAAAAACAACUUGGAUCUUAUCAAGCUAGGCAUUUUCAUGAAGGAUGCCCUUGAUAUUCUCAUUAAGAAGACAGGAAAGAAUCAUAUAACUCGCGUAGCAAACAAUUGGUAA